AUGAGCGUUUCCGCCUACGAUCAUGACCACAGCUAUAUGGCACCUCCGCAUCCAUCAACUCAGGCACCACCACCGCCUGCACAGCGUUCGGUACAAUCUCCGAGGGUGGCCACGGUGAAAGCUGGAACGUUUGUUCGAUCUCCCGUCGUACAAAUUCGAUCUGGGCAGGUGUGGCGAUCGCCAACUCAGUCACAUCCGCAAGUGCCUGGAAGCCAAAGCCCGUUAAUGACAUAUGCGCAGCAUUCUGCACAGAACUCCGCAGGCCCAGGAGUUCAACGAACUCGACAAAUGGUGGUGCAGCCAGCACAAUUCCAACAGCAACAGCAUACAACUCCGCAACGGCCGCUAUACCAGCAAAAACCUUUAGUACAAGGCGGUGGAUACGUGUACCAACAGCAAGUGCGAUAUGUAAGUGGCGGGCAUCAACAAAGAGAUUCACAGCAACAGUAUGCGUAUGCAUCGAUAACCAGCUCACAAACACAAAUAUCCAAUGAUUUCUCCGCUGAUUACUCAUAUGACAACGGCACGACUUCUCUUAACCUAGCUGUACCUAUUCGAGAACCUUCACCAGAACCAGUGGAAGAGGAACCGCCUGCUCCGACUGCUCAAGAAGACCCAUCAACCAGUGAAGCUGUUGAAGAGAACGAUGACGAAGAAGAUGGAGAAAUUGAUAUUCAAAUAAGGAAUGUGGUAUGCAAUUACACUUUGCCACUACAUAUAGAUCUUCGGAAGUUAGCGUUGAGCACCAAUAAUGUAACAUUCGAUAGAGGUCGUGGGGUUCUUCUCAAGCAGAAGCGCAGGCCGAAUUGCUAUGUCAAAAUCUAUAGCUCUGGCAAGGUCUACAUUGUAGGAUGCAAGAGUGAGGCUGAUUGCAUGAUCGCUGCUCGCAACAUCGCUAGACGGGUGCAAAAGGCUAUGAAUAAAGAGAAAGACAUUGUUAGGAUACGGAAUUAUAAGGUCUGCAACGUAUUAGCCACAUGUCGCAUGCCGUUUGGUAUAAAGAUAGAAGAGCUAGCACAGCAGUAUCCUGCUCAAUCGCAGUAUGAACCGGAGUUAUCAGUGGGCCUGGUGUGGCGGUCGCAAGAUCCAAAAGCCACUCUGCGGAUUCAUACAACUGGUAGCAUCACUGUUACAGGAGCGUCUUCCGAAAAUGAUGUGAUGCGGUCUAUUGAACUAAUAUAUCCCAUAGUGCGCAAGUUCCGCUGCGCUAUGCGACAUCGAGCGGAGCCCAAACGAAAGCGACCACCAAGGAAAAGAGCCGCUCCGUCGUCUUUGGGUGGGACGUUUCCCGCCAAGCGUCCUGCGUUGUCUGGAUCGGGUAUUGUUGGCAAUAAAAUGUACUUCAGCGAUGAAGAAGACAUCUACGAUGAAGAAGAUCUACUUGAUGAUGAAGACUGAUACUGUGUGUUGAGCCUGGAGGUUAGGAGGUUCUUAUAAUCUCGAGCAAAGGCUCGUUUCACAUGACUGUGAUGUUCCAAUGCAGACAUGUACCAGUCAAUGCUCUGCCUGACUACAGUUUGUAAUAUACUAAGUGCUCGUACUCUGUUACAUAUUGUGAUUUGCUUUCGUGAUUGCUGUUAGUCGUUUUUAUCUGUUUGUCAGUGUUCCUCUGAACUUAAUUUUUGUCACUUCCUUUAUAUGAGUCUCGUGCGUGAGGUAGCUAUGAAUAGCUGGACACAUAUAACAGCAUCUUCUACCGAUGAAGGGUAAUUUUGGCGGUUGGGGAGUAUUCCUUCCUUUUUUCGAUAUGUGUACAUCGUUUUUUAUUGUAGACUGCUCAUAUUAGCGCCGGGCAGCUCGAUCAGGGCUCUAUUGAUUGAGCGCUUUACUUUUGUUGCGUUUUGAAUUACCCAACUUACUGAUGAUCAGAUGACAUUCUUUUACUAUAUAGAUCAGAUGUCAUUGAUCUCACAAUCAUUGAUGUGUUGCGAUGGAGAAAGAUUGCAUGUUCCAACUUUCUUUAGUUUCUGCAAUCACUCAUCAAGCUAAGUCAGGCUAACUGGGAGGUAAUCUGCCAGUAUUCUCGGUGGCUUUUGAUAUAGCGACUAGUACCCAUCUAUGAAUACUUUCAUUUUGAACAAUAUUCUUUCUUUGCGAGUUGAAAUUUGCUGUUAUGCGUGUGUAUAUCCAUUUGUGCUUUCGUGCCUAUUCGUGCCGCAGACUUCCACUCUUUACUUAGUAAUUGAAUUUUCAUAUUUAUCAUGAUUGGGCUGUAGAAUCGAUUGCAUAUGAGCGAACAAUUUUAUUGAAUGCCCGUGACUCAUAGCUUCUUACUAGAUUAUUACUAACCCAAUCUCAAUUUCUUUUGUUUGAGAUUCUACAAUAAAUGAGCUUUCAUUCCUUA